AGUGCUUGUCAUUUUCUUGAUUCAUAGAAUUGUAAUCAAAUCCUAAAUAGAAGAUAAUAAACUACCCACUCAACCCAACAAAAGUAAAGGAGAAAAAAUGAUAUGCCAACGUUUGCAACUUAUAUAUAAAGGGUCUCUCUGCAUCAUUACUGAAACCACAAAACAACAACAACAACAAAGAGUGUUUGAACUCUGAAUACAACAGAGAAAAUGGUGGUAGCAGAGUUCACAAGUGGUGGUCUUGGUGACUGGAGAAGAAUGAAGAACUUCAGCUACCAAGUUCUCACAGGCCGUUGGUUCAUGGUAUUUGCCUCUUUACUAGUCAUGGCCUUUGCUGGGGCAACCUAUAUGUUUGGUUCGUACUCUAACGAGGUCAAAACCUCUUUGGGCUACGACCAAUCCACUCUCAACUUGCUCAGCUUCUUCAAAGACCUUGGCGGAAACGUUGGAGUUUUAUCCGGGUUGAUCAAUGAGAUAACUCCGCCUUGGGUGGUUCUCUCAAUCGGUGCUACUAUGAACUUCUUCGGCUACUUCAUGAUAUGGCUUGCCGUCACUGGUCGAAUUGCCAAACCCCAAGUUUGGCAAAUGUGUCUCUACAUUUGCAUUGGUGCAAAUUCACAGACUUUUGCCAAUACCGGUGUUUUGGUGACAUGUGUCAAAAACUUCCCAGAAAGCCGUGGCAGUAUCUUGGGCCUUCUCAAGGGCUAUCUUGGUCUAAGUGCUGCCAUUAUCACACAACUCUACCAUGCUUUCUAUGGUGACGACUCACAAGCUCUUAUCUUACUCAUUGCUUGGCUCCCUGCCGCUGUUUCCUUCCUUUUCCUCCCAACAAUUCGGAUAUUGAACACAGUGCAACAAUCCAACAAGCAACUCAAAGUUUUCUAUCACCUUUUAUAUAUCUCACUUGGCCUAGCUGGGUUUCUCAUGGUAUUGAUCAUUGUCCAGAACAAGCUGAGUUUUUCAAGGAUUGAAUACAUUACCGAUGGCCUUGUGGUUUAUUUCUUACUUCUUCUCCCACUUGUUGUUGUAUUUAGAGAGGAAUUCAACCUCUGGAAGACCAAAAACCAAGGUUUGACCGAUCCAUCUCAAGUGAAAGUAGUCACUGAAGUUGUUCCACCUUCAAAUAUGGUUUUUCCAUCCCAGCCAGAACCAACUACAACUAGCUCGCACAAGAAAAGUUCUUGUUUGGCCAACGUAUUCAAACCCCCAAACAGGGGCGAGGACUAUACAAUUUUGCAAGCCCUGUUCAGUAUUGACAUGUUGAUUCUGUUCAUCGCAACAACGGUUGGUAUUGGGGGAACAUUAACGGCCAUUGACAAUCUUGGGCAGAUUGGGCACUCGUUGGGAUACCCGAAGAAGAGCACAACCACCUUUGUGUCCCUAGUGAGCAUAUGGAACUACCUGGGACGAGUAGUUGCUGGUUUUGCAUCAGAAAUCUUCUUGACCAAAUACAAAUUCCCUCGUCCCUUAAUGCUCACUCUGGUUAUGCUUCUCUCUUGUGUUGGCCAUAUUUUAAUUGCCAUUGGUAUCCCAAACUCUCUCUACUUCGCUUCAGUGAUUAUUGGGUUUUGUUUUGGAGCUCAAUGGCCGUUGAUGUUUGCAAUCAUAUCAGAAAUAUUUGGCCUUAAAUACUACUCCACGUUAUAUAACUUUGGAGCCGUGGCAAGCCCUGUUGGAUCCUACAUACUAAACGUGAGAGUCGCUGGUUAUUUGUAUGAUAAAGAGGCUUUGAAACAAUUAGUGGCUAAGGGACUCACGAGACAAGCAGGGAAGGACCUAACUUGCUUAGGAGUCCAAUGUUACAGGAUGUCUUUUUUCAUAAUUGCAGCAUCAACGCUGAUUGGGUGUUUUGUUUCGUUCAUUUUGGUGCUAAGGACUAGAAAAUUUUACAAAGGUGACAUCUAUAGAAAGUUCAGAGCAGAACUUGAAGCAGCAGAGACUCAGAUGGGGAGUACCAAAAGUGAUAAUGUUUUGUUUGAAAUAGAGGACCGUGCAACCUUAAGUGGCAUUGGGGCUACUCCCGCCACCACAUGCGGCUCAGAGGAAUCAAAUAAAAACAAUGUAAAGUGAAGUGUGUUUGAGAUAUAAUUAAUAAAUGGAAUUGGGUAUUCUAGCUUCUUCUUUUUUUCCAUGCAUAUCUUAUCUACCAAUAUCUAACACCAUUAAAUUAAGAUAAGAUAGAAUGGUGUUGGAAAAUAGUAGACAAGAUAGAUAGAAUAACUUAUUCCUUAAUAAAUAGUUACUUGAUGU